AUGCGUGCACGAGAGCCAUAUUGGAAUAAUAUUUGGGAUGGAAACUACUUCCAGUCAGUACCGGCAUCGGUGCGAGAUCAGAUUGCUGGCCAUGACUCGAAUGCUGUUAAAUACUACCUAAACAAUGUUGUGCAGGAAGUGAUGAAUGUAGAUAGGUCAUCUAGAGCAAGAGUGCAAGCAUUGGCAUGCUCACUCGGACUUGACACCAAUUCCGCGGCACCUACUCGGCCCACAGACGAGCAAAUCCAGCGGAUAGCAGCACAUCCAAAGAUGCAGGCCCUAUCCAAAAAGAACCAGGAGUUGUCUGCCAGGAUCCGAGCAGCAGGCUACACAUCAAUCCCAGGGCAGCUGGAACUGCUCUCUACCGAGAGAAGAUGA